AUGGAUACAAAUCCAGGGCUUCAAAGGGGAACCAUUUGUGUGGACAUCGAUCUAUAUGGAAAAGAUGAUGAUGAUGAUGAAUUCGAAGCGGUUGACCAUAACUCAGCUAGCACAAGUAGACCCAAAAAUGGAUCAACCUCAAGCAACAGCACAGUCGAAGAGAGCGACAAGAAGGCUAACUCAGCCACAGGCUCCGUACGACCCUAUGUUCGUUCCAAGAACCCUAGGCUACGAUGGACACCUGAACUCCACCUCAGAUUCAUUCAUGCAGUCGACAAAUUGGGAGGUCAAGAAAGAGCAACACCUAAGUUAGUUCUUCAAUUGAUGAACAUCAAAGGCCUCAGCAUCUCUCAUGUCAAAAGCCACCUUCAAAUGUAUAGAAGCAAGAAGAUCAAUGAUCCAAAUCAAGUUGUUUCAGAACAAGGGCUUGUUUAUGAAGGUGAUGAUCAUCAUAUAUACAACCUUAGCCAACUUCCCAUGCUCCAAAGUUUUGCUCAGAACUCUAUUUCCAGCUUUAGAGUUUCAGAUGGUUUAUGGAGUCGCAACACGAACCGAACAGAUUACAACCCUUUUCUCAGUGGACUUAGGCAUGGAGCUUACGGUUCAAGGAUGGAUCAAAGAUUAAUCGUAGGAAGGAGCAACAAUUCUAGUUUGAGAUGGCUUGGAAGCAGUAACAUCGAAAAAUCCCAAUUGAGAUUAUUCGGAAAUGAGAAUAAUGGAUUGUUGAAAGAUGACCCAAUUCGAAGCAGAAGUCAAAUGGAUGAAACGAAUGCCAUAAGUAAAGAUAUCAUCGUAGACGAUCAAGACAAAAUGCCACUAAAAAGAAAGGUGAUUGAUCAACCGGAGCCAGGAAAUCUUGAUCUGGAUCUUUCGCUACAAAUCAAGACCCGGGAAGACGACGAUACAAGAAACGAGGAGGUCGAUGAGAGUGGCUUAUCGUUAUCGUUGUUUUCGUCUUUUUCGACUAAGAGCCCUAGUAGUAUAAGAAGAUCAAAGCAUGCAAAAACAAUGGGUUGUAGUAGCAGUGGUACAACCCUUGAUCUGACUUUGUGA